CUUGGUUGCUUGCUGUGUGAGUUUCUUGAAUUUGGUUCGUGGGGUGGUAGGUGGUCCUCGUAUCGUUCUGGUUCUUGGUUGGUUGGUGUGAGCCUGAUUAGAUUCGAGCCGUGGGUUAUGUUGCUAGUAAUCCUGAUCUGGUGGGUUGAGUAAUCGAAUCUGGAGGGCCUCCUUUUGCAGGUAGUGGCUGCUAGGUCGGAUGGUCAGUUCUAGAAUUCUAGUUCUUAUCCCCAUUGGGAUGGCGCGCUAGACUCUGGAGUAAGGAUGCAACAUGAAGACUCUGGCAAACUUUCAUGCUUGAUGUACCCAACAGCUUUCUGUCAUGACAAAUUCUUGCGAUCAAACUUGUUGAAGUAGUAACUGCCGGGAGGAAUUUGCUUGUCAGUAAUUGGUAUUAAGGUCGCUGGCAGCUUUUUUGCAGAACAGCUGUGGAAUAAAUGGGAGAAGCAAACUCGGAUCAAUUUUGUCAUUGCCAGGGGUGUCUUGGCAAGUAUACAUUACUUAGAGAUGAAGAAAACCCACGGUUGGCAAUCUUUGAGAGGCAGCUUCCUUGCUGUGGCUGUGGAAUAGGAUGGUCUUCUUUUCUUCUAGGUUUCUUGUGUCCAUUGAUCUGGUACUCUGCAGCCAUUCUUUACUUCUGCAAGUACUAUAAUAGGGAUCCUCGAGAGCGCCCUGGUCUUGCUGCCUCGGCUAUUGCGGCUUUCAUCUUCACAGUUGUGACAAUUAUUACUCUUUCUGCGAUACUGAUAAUAUGUGCAUACAAGUAAUUUCUGGAGCUAUGAGAACAGGGCUGGAGGAUCCUUGGUUGGUAGAUGAGGCAUUCAGAAGGAACUUGUAAUGUCAGUGGUAGCAGAUCGCAUUAAUCAUCCAUCGUGUAUCACUUCAGCAAGUUCUUGAUCGUAAUGUUCAUAGCCUCAUCUGUUGUUGGUACCCUGUAGUAUUUCAUCAACGAGGAUGUUCAUUACUCUUCACUAACUGAGCUCUGGCAUAUUUUCCACGAGCGGUCAGGAUAAAAAUUCUUCAAACCAACAUUCUUUACC